UCCGAUGCGGCGCGGGCAUGUCGUUGCCCUCUGCCCUGUCUCUUCAAGACCAAGGGCCCCAGCAACACCAGCGCGUGCCACAGACGCAGCAGGCCCAGCGCCAGGAACCGGUAACGAAAUCACAGCGGCCCCGGCCACGACGCAGCCGUGCAUGCAACCCUGCCACCACUGGUCACGGUGGGCGCAGUGCCGCUGGCGAAGAGCCAUCGUCGCCGACGUUCCUCCGUGACCCUUAUUUGGGCCGGAAACGUGGAACGAGGGCAAAGCGACCCAUCUCCCUCUCGCGCACCGCCAACAAACGCAGCAAGGCGCCAACGACUACCAACUUGGCUGCCCUCGCGUCAUCGGGCCCCGUGUCCUCCACGCCUGCGACCACGCUGCCACAUCCUCGCCCAAGCUCCACCACCCCACCCGUCACUCACACUGCAAGGCCCUCCAGACGCAGUCAACAGCAACCACACGACCAGCAUGCUGGCGAACCAUCGUCUCCUGCCACACCUGCAGACAGAACAGCAGUGGCACCACACCGCCGACACCGAACGGCAAGCGCGCCGCAACUUCUCGCCAGCCCUCCCAGAGUACAGCAGCAAGAGGUGCUGGUAUCACUUCGACGGUCGCCCAACUCAACCGCACAUACACAUGAAGCGGACGCCGCCACCGCUGCCGCUACCACCACCACCACACAGAGCUCCCUUGCUUCGCCGCCACAUUCACCUUGCGUGACAGCGCAAGCGACGCCACCGCCGCCGCCCACAACCAUGACGCCAGAGGAGCACCUCAGCCCUGCUGUCGUCGCAAGCAGUGGAAGCGGUGGCGGCAACUCUAGCGGCAGCAGUAACCCGUCAUACCGCGCGUGCGCCACCAACAACAUCCACGCUCCAGAAGACGAGAACAGCAGAGUUGCACCAAAAGCCACGCCUGCCAACCAAGGUGCUGAGCGCUCAGCGACGUACAGCUGCCUCUCAUCCCUCUUGCCGUUUGCACAGAGCCAGCUGUGUAUUCCAACACGACACACUGUAGGGCAUGAUGAUGAUGGUGGUGGUGAUGAGCAUGACUUGUGUAGUGGAGACAGCCAACGAAUGGUCGCGUUGGGUGGUCGCGAUCGAGGAGAGGAUGAUGAAGAAGCGAGAACAGCUGUGAGGAUGAAGGACAGGCAACAGCACAUGCAACAGCCCGCAGACUCGGCACUUGAGACCCGCUCAUCAACACGAGCAUCAGCGCCAGCGACUGCCACUGAUCAGCGGGCGAACAAUCACACAUAUGCAAACAAGCAGCCGCAGCCGCAGCAGCAGCAGCCGCAGCGAGGGCGACGACGGCAGGGGUUUCUGGUGUCUGCGGUGAAGAACAAGGUAUUGCACGAAACACCCGUGUCGGAGACAGCCCGGGCACCCACGCACUUUACACCUUCACACCCACAACGGCGUCAGCAGCAACAACAGCACACAUUGACGGCGCUGGGAGUUGGUGAGGAUCAGCAUCAGGACUGCAUGACAUGUGAUGAUGGAAUGAACAGGCUCAUACGCGACGACAGGAGCAAGACAUCCAAGGACAAAGUUCACGCGUCUGCUGAUGAUGCUGUGACCGAUAUUGAUGCUGAUGAUCAUGAUGAUGGUAGUGAUGGUGGUGGUGAUCAUGUGGACCGUCAUGGUAAUGAUACACCGCACACACCAGCAGCAUCACCAGCAGCAUCACCAUCACCAUCACCAUCACCAUCACCAUCACCAUCACUGCCUUCAACGCAGGCGUCCCCGGCGGAACACGAUCGACUGUCCAUGUCGUUACGAUCGCGCUUGCGUGCACGGAUUGAACAGCAGCAGCAUGAUGGCGCUGAUACGGCAGGAAGACGCGAUGGCACGAGGCUUGCGUUGUCUGAUCGUGGACGUGAUGGUGGUGGUGGUGGUGGUGGUGGUGGCGACAGCGAUGAUGACAGUGGCAGUGAUGCUGAUGCUGAUGUGAAAGCCGUGGAACGACAACGACAACAACAGCAACAACAACAACAACAACAACAACAACAACAACAACAACAACAACAACAACAACAACAACAACAACAACAACAACAACAACAACAACAACAACAACAACAACAACAACAACAAGACAAUAAUGAGGAUGACACGUGGGCGCAUCUCUUCGCCCCACCAUCGUGCCCCAUUUGCAAUCAAACGUUUGACGAAACCGUGAGCCACCACCAGCGCAACCAACACGUCAACAGCUGCUUGGAUGGCUUUGAUCGGCACUCUGCCACACACCCUCGUGCUAGCACUUUCCCAGACGACCCAAACACAGCCCCUGUCGCAACAUCCGCAUCCACAUCAACACCAUCAGCGAUGGGUGCUGCUGCUGCUGCUGCUGCUGCUUCGACCAUGACACGACCAAAGCGAGGAUUUAGCAUACACGUGUCAGCAGCUUCAACACUCCAGUCGUCGGCAACAGUACACAGGACAAUGACGACUACCUCAAAGACGUCGAUGCUGGUGGGGAUGGUGGAGAGGGCGAGCGGAGCCGCGUCGAGCGCGGAGUUGACCAUGUGCCAUGUGUGUCAGAAGGACCUUAAACACAUGUCCGGAUCUUUUCGCCAGCGCCACAUUAACCGGUGUCUCGACAGCUUGGAGCGCACGUUGACCGCAACGUCAGCAUCCCGUGGACGCACCAGCACCUCGUCGUCAUCAUCGUCCUCGUUGACAAGCGGUGUCCCCGUUGUCUGCCCGCUCUGCUCCAAGCCACUGGCAAACUUCAAACGCCAAACAAGGAUCUGCCAUCUCAAGAACACCGCGAACACGAACGCGGGCGACACACACACGGACACAAGUGACAGCCACCAGUACCCGCACGUCAACGAAGCGAGCGGCUUUGACACUUGA